AUGCAUGACUGCGGUCAAGGGGAAGAGGCCAUGAGCGUGAAGGGGGGGGUGGUCGCUAAGAAAGUCUCGAGAACGUUUCGUCGAUUACACUAUUAUUGUGAAGUGGCCAAGUGGAAGUGGCAGCAGACGUUGAGACGCGAGCGGCUGCAGCUCAAGCGAGAAGAGAUUCAGUAUAAAGAGAAACUGACAAAGCAGCAGCUGCAGGUGCAGGUGAUGGAGCUACGAGCGAGACUUGGGAAAGCGCUGGAUGAGGCUGGACAGUCUCCAGCUCAGGCAAAGAAGUACCUUGCAUUACUGAAGCAAAAGGAGGAAAGAGAGCGCGGGAUCGAGUGA